AUGGUUUCAAUCCUCCCAGAUGGAAUGUCCAACAUGGAGGCAACUGUUUCGUUUUUUAUCAUAGACAUAAUAGCCCUCAUUUUACGCGUCAUUUCCAGGAUACAAACAAAGGGUACGACGACAACCGGGCGAUUCAUCCGCUAUGAUGACUGGUGGAUUCUCGCAGCCUAUCUGAUGUUUGCUUCGCAUUGUAUUGUGAUCAUUUGCGGCGAGUACAUACAAUCACCAGAGCUGAUAAUAUCAGGCACCCUCGAGCCAUAUCUAGUCAUGGAUCCAGGUCAUCGAUUGAAAAUGCUCGAGGUAGAGUCUCACAUACAAUCUUGCUUCUUUGUUAGUCCUGAGUUGACACUCAUGCAGUUGUUAUGGAUUGGCAGCAUCCACUUUCCCUUCAUCAUCACGGCCGUUAAAAUCUCAAUAUUAUGCAUGUACCGCUCUCUAUUCAAAACGACCCCAAACCUCAUUCGAUGCGUGGAUAUAACAAUGGGUUUAUGCACAAUAUGGUUCAUAAUCACUGUAUGCUUGACGGUGUUCGGGUGCACACCUAUCAAAGCAGCAUAUAAUCUAGCCCUUAGACUUGAACCCACCACACAUUGCAUUCCAUACGGAGAGAUAGUUCUUGGCUUUGAGCUACCCAAUGCAAUCUUGGAUGUGAUUAUUCUAGCCUUGCCUUUUUUCGUCAUCAGAGACCUACAUGUCCCUAUACGGAAGAAGGUGCUCUUGUUCUUGGUUUUUUUGGUUCGGUGGGUUGUAAGUAAUUUCGUCCUUUCAACGAUCGUUAUUGUGACAUGCAUACUACGCAUAGCAUACUCAUAUCAGCCUCAUGAUCCAGAGCAUUUUUCUGGAUUCUCGACUGCGAACGAGUGGUUGAUGAUUGAGGAAGGUAGCGCUAUUUUAGGAGCCUGCGUUCCGACAUUUCGACCCAUACUCAAAACUUAUUUUAAACUUCCAAAAUCUGUUAGCGACUGGUUCUCUUCGACGCUGGGUGCCUCAACAUUAGCGAGCAAAUUCUCCAAAAAUCAUUCGCGAAUCAAAACUCAACCAAGUCAAUUGAACGAUCGAUCUGGACCCUCAUAUCAGUUGGAAAAGCUAUCAACAGCCCAUCUUCAGCGUGGAAGAGAAUGGCAGAACCAAGACCUCGACACAGAUUCGGAUGAAAGCCCACUGGUUGACAAUAGGAUUUGGGUCACAAGGCAUAUCACAACUACCAAAUAGACAAAUUGAUCAGAACUAGGUUCUGUUAAUAAUAUUAUAAUUCC